AUGGACGAAUUCGCCCAAACCCGCGGCGUCGACGACCUCUUCGACGAUGAAAUCAUACCAAUUCCAUCCCACGAAGUUGAAAUCGAAUACCACGACGAACAACAACAGUUUGAGCUACAGUUUGAGCUACAGCCUACAACAACACCCCAACCUGUCCUAGAUACACAACCGUUAUUAAUCCCCGACCCCCCACAACCACUUACUUCUCAAUCGCUACAGAGACAUCAGCAGCAAUUGAACCACCAAUCGCCGGCCCCCACAGAACACCAGCUGUGUGGUGAACUUAAGGAAAGAAGCGGUGCGAGGACUAGUAGGGAUGGGAGCCAUAGUAAAAAUCGUGGUAAUAAGCGCGGGUAUGGGGAGAAAGCGCGGGGAAGGGGAAGAAGUGGCGGGAGUUGUGGUAAUGGACGUGAUGGGAGGAGGGCAAGAUCACAGCCGACGGAAGAGAAAAGUGAUUUUCCCGCGCACGCCCCUGCUGCUGCUGAGGUGGAGGCAGCCGAACCGGUCACUGAAAAGGAUGAGCAGACUGAAAGAGCAGCGGCGCAUGGCGAUGCAGAUGAAAGGGAUGGAGGCGAUGAUGAAGAUAAGAAAAUAAAAGAGCAGAAAACACCUGCACCUGCAUCCAGGACUUUUGCAGUCAAAGGGGAUAGGAGUGGUACAGGUGGUGUGAAGAAGCCGAAACUAACCGAAGACGAACUCACCGAACGCAUGAAAGCAGCCAAAAUCAAAUCCGCAGAGCGCGCCGCCGCCCAUGCUCGCGCAGAAGCCGACGAAGCCUCCUUCCUCGAACGCGAACGAAUCGCCGCUGAAAAGCGUCGGGAGGAGAUGCAGAAUCGCCGCGCAAUGAAUGGCGAGCGCGAACGGAAUCGUCAGCGGAAACUCGAUACGCAGACGAGGCGUGAGUGGGAUUCUGAGAAGUCUGCGGAGGCAUUCGCAGUAUCGGCAUUAAUGGCGCGUGGCCGUGGUGGUAGUGGCGGUGUCAGGUUGUAUCGGCGUGAUGCACAUAGUGGGCUUUCGUAUGAUGGUGCUUCUCCUACUACAACGGAUGUAGCUCGGGGUCAUUUGGAAGAGGCCUUCCCAGAUCCUGAUGGUAGUGGAUAUUUCCGUGGCAGGGGAGGAGGUAGGGGGAACACUCGUCGUGGACGCGGCGGGAAGGGUCGUGGAAAUUAUUUUGUCAGACAGCCAUGUAGUACUGAAGCUGUAUCUUCUACCCGUAAUCCCCUCCCUCCUCGGGUUGGUGCAGAAGAUGAGUUCCCCGCGCUACCACCUUCGGUUGGUGGGAAUGGAAAGCGGGAUGAGAAUGAGAAUCGAUCUGGCUCUGCCUCUGGCUCAGGUAGCGGUAAUAAUAAUGGGGACAGUACCCCGAUGUCACCGCUGGGGUCGUGGGCGGAGCAGGUGGAGAUGAGCCAGGCACAGGCACAAUCACAGGAAUAG